UGCGCUAAAUUUAUAAAAAUACAAACAAAACAUAAACAACUUUUACACACUUCGCAACAUAAUUAAAGAAAAUCUUUACUAAAAAAAUGUCCAUUACCGUAGAAAUAAAUAAUAAACAAUUAAAUGCCACAGGUAACCAAUUAAACCUACAUUAUUUACCCGCCAAAAUCCAAGGAGAUGGCCAUGCUAAUGUGGACACAUAUUUCCAUCCUUAUACGCACAAGGAUCAGGGUGUUUUGAGUAAUUCAUUGCGCGGUUAUCCUUUACAAGGUGAAGUUUUAAAAGUUCCUGAAGGCUAUAAUGGCUUAGUACUGCAGGAGACGCGUAAACCCUUAGAUGAAGAGGCCGAUAGGACGUUGCGCAUAAAGGGAAGUUUUGAAGAGUUUACCUACUGGAAUUAUGAUAAAAUACCCUCGUUAUCUGAUGGUUAUAAGCAGGCUCUACAAGUACUAAAGCUAGCUGAUGUGUUGUCGGAGCCCUGCUCAGAGGAGGAUGUUCUAAAGGAAAUGGAGGAGUAUAAGGCUAAAGCUGAUAAAAAAGAAAAGUAGUUUAAGUUUUAGAUUGUAGGAAUACUUAAAAAAAUACAUAAUAAAAUAGAUUAUAUGGUAAAUACUUAAGAAAA